CUUUCGUUGAGUAGUGAUUUCCCAAGAUCUCAAUGUUUGAAUGACAGGAACCAAAGAAUUGUUAGAGUUGGAAGGAUCUCUGCAGACCAUCCAGUCCAAGCCCAAAUGCAGCUCCUAUAUUAAAAAUACACCCAAGGACAGCUGUCUCACCAGGGAGCUUUGGUGGUAUUUUUUCCAGCUGAAGACUCAACAAAGCUGCCUUUUCUCCCUUUAUUUUACCAUACAGAAAUAUGUGAGGGUGAAGAUCAGUCGUGCCAAGUUCUUAAUGAGCCCCUUGCCUUGGCCGUGCCCUGUACACUUAAACUUAAAAACACUUGAAGAGGUGGAGAGAAAGACACAGACUGGAGAUGCUUGAGGGCUCUGUGACCUGUGAGCAGCUGCUCCAGAGGAAUUGUCUUGGCAGAGCCUGAAGGAAUCUGGGAUCACAGCAUGCCCCAGGGUGCUCCUCAUUCCUCUGCCUAUGGAUGCUGCCGGCACAACGGGCACAGCUUCUCUCCCAACACCCAGCUGUGAGAAAAGCCCAGGCAAGAAGGAACUUGACCUGUCAUAAGGAAGCAUCAAUCAUUUGAGCUUAAACCCUGAUUACUGGAAUAAAAAAGAUAAAGUUAAAUGAAGUAUUGCAUCAUUGAAUUUCAAUAGGAAAUCCUGAUCAUUGAGCAAUCUGUUGCAUUGUAUUGCUCCGGCCAUGUUUAGAGUUAUGAGGCUCUGGAAAUAAAAAUCCCCAAGCAACCCAACACCUUUUCAUCCAGGAGCGCAAACCAUGACUGAAUGUCCAAGGCCUGGACGUCCACAGGGAUUGUCACUCUGCGCGCCCGCAAAAAGAUGUCCAACAACACAACAGAGAACUCCAGCAACGCUCCCUCAGCUGUCCUCGGCCUGCUCCUGGGAAGCAUUUCUCUGACCACCAUUGUCAUGAACAUUUUAGUGCUGUGCGCCGUGAAAACGGAGAAGAAGCUGCAGACCGUGGGUAAUUUAUACAUCGUGAGCCUCUCCAUCGCGGAUCUGAUCGUGGGCGCCGCCGUGAUGCCCCUGAACAUCGUGGACCUGCUGAGCCCCAGGUGGCCCCUGGGGCUGGCAGCCUGUUUGUUCUGGCUCUCCAUGGAUUACGUGGCCAGCACGGCCUCGAUUUUCAACCUCUUCGUCCUGUGCGUCGACCGGUACCGCUCGGUGCAGCAGCCGCUGAGGUACCUCAAGUACCGCACCAAAAUGAGAGCCUCGCUCCUCAUCCUGGGGGCCUGGCUGCUCUCCUUCACCUGGGUCGUCCCCAUCCUGGGCUGGCACGUUUUUGCCAACAACGGGCAAAGGAAGAUGAAGGAAGACAAGUGCGAGACGGAGUUCUUCAAUGUCACCUGGUUUAAAGUGCUGACGGCCAUCUUCAACUUCUACCUGCCCUCCCUGCUGAUGCUGUGGUUCUACUGCAAGAUCUUCAGAGCGGUUCGAAACCACUGCCAGCACCGAGAGCUCCCCAAAGGAUCUUAUUGGCCUUCCAUGGAUAAAACCACCAUGCAUCAAGCUAAGAUGAGGGAUGAGAAAAGUAUUUUCCUCCAGAAGCAAAUCUCAGGUGAGAACACCCCUGGCACGGACAAGCAAAGCCCCCCAGAGCCCCAAAAAGUGGAGGCAGAGCUUCAUUUCAGCAAUCCUGACAAGGCUUCGAAGGCUCUGAGUAAUGGGAAGGUCCCCAAGUGGAGCUGUUUCUCUCCCAGCACAGCCAAGCCUGAGCCUGGCAUGGGUAGAGGAGGGAGGAAGGGGGUGUGUGCCACCAAAAAGCCUGGGAAUAAGGAGCAGCCUGGCUGCCAGGACAGUGACUCCAGCGUGGCAUCAGACCACACCUUCACUGAGGUGGCCCCCCAUGCAGAGCAGGGCAAUGCCAGCCCUAAAGGAGCCUGCUGUCCUCCGGAGCGCAGGGAUUCCAGGGGACUGACGUUCCUGAGGAAAACCUGGCACACCCUGCACAGCCAUUCCAGGAGCAUCCACCGGCACGGGAACAGGGAGAGGAAGGCAGCCAAGCAGCUGGGGAUCAUCAUGGCAGUCUUCAUGCUCUGCUGGAUCCCCUACUUCGUGUUGUUUCUGGUGAUAACGUUCCACGACCAGGAGCAGCUCUCAGAACUGCACAGGGUCACCAUAUGGCUCGGCUACAUCAACUCCACCUUGAAUCCAUUCCUGUAUCCUCUCUGUAACCACAACUUCAAGAAAACUUUUAAAAAGAUCCUUCACAUUCAUUGAUGCUGGCCUGGGGUUUUGGAGCUCAAGUGCAGCUCAGGAGUUUAACCAAACCAAAAUGUGCCAGUUUCAAAGGAUGGGUACAGUAAAAGGCUUUGGCAAAUUGUAGUCUAUAAGGAAGUGUUAGUAAAAGUGGGAAAUGUGCAUUUAAUAGUUUUAACACAUUUUAAGAGUAACUUCAGAUCAAGAAUCUGAAAAUCUCAAGGUCAAUGUAUGAACUGUUACAUUGCUGUCAACCUUUUACCAUUUGAGAUCACCACUUCCAUCACAGAAAUGGAGAUACAAAUAGAUGUCUUUAUAAAUUAUUGAGCUACAGAAAAGGAAGAAAUCAUGUUUCUGUGAUUGGCCAGAAACAUUUUUCUCUCUCAGCUUACUCCAUUAGACAUGUUGCUUGUGAAGUGAGAUUUGCAAGUGGAGGUACUUUGCACAGUCAAAGAAAGAACUUCCAACCAUUUAAAUAAACUCCCCUAUUUAUUUAUAUCUUCCUCCAAAUCACAAACUUUUCAUCAAAUGUCAAGUUUUAGUGUUUAUCCAACUGUAUCUCUUUGAUAUCAUGCUUAUAUUAUCAUGUACAUUAACUUUGCUGAAAAAUAGAAUUUUUAUGUCCCAAAAAGAGUUUCCAUGCUCAAUGUAUUGACACCAUCUGCUCCAGAAGGGUGUGCUGCUGUUUCUGGACUUGCAGAAUAUAGUUGAUUGUACAUGAAAUAUGUUUAUCUUUUCAUAAAUCCUGCUGUCAGAUAUUUCAGGAGAAAAACACAAUAAUGGAAUACUCGAUGUUGGAAAAAGAGACCAAGAAGAUGUUGGAGCACAACUGAAAGCUGGGCUGGCUUUGAUGUUACAAAUUAAAAAGAAAGUCCUCUCAUCCCUUUUGUUGUGCUGAUCAAUUUCCCACACCCCUGAACACUUUCUUAAUUGUAUUUAAAGGACUCGAUGUUAAAUUAAGCCCUAAUAUAUCUGCAUUUUAAUAAAUUGGGGAAAUGUACUGAAGGAAUAAACUUAAAUUCGGUCCAUUUCAGUGUAUCAUGCAAGGUUCAGAGAUUAAUUGACUUUGGUUUCAAGUUGCUCACAGGAAAAACUGCAAUUAGGAAACUUAAAUCUAGGAGAAAUAAGGCAAAAUGCAGAGAGAGAGAGCACAAUUCAUUGCAGAACUCAGGCAACUUUUUCCUGCAGGAGGACCACCUGCACAAGUACUUUGUGGAGUAGAGAACAGAACCUUUUGAAACACAUGCUCUAAGCCCUGACCCUUCACAAACAAUUGCUGAGCUUCACAGCCAUAAAUUGGGGGUUUUUUUCUAUUCUGAUUUGCAACAGCAAUUCUGGCCAAAAUGGAUGGCCAAAUUAGAUGAUCCCCAAGGAAAUAAAAGUCAGCUGCAGUUAUUCGUGCUGAAAAACAAAUUUACCCAAGGGCUGCUGAGAGCUAUCAAGAAAUCUGUCCUUUUGAUCACACAAAUUGCCUUUU